GCUCACAUGAAAGCUCAAAAAGCAAGUAAAGAACAGCAGUUGGAUGUAAUGAACAAACAUUACAAACAGCUUGAGAGUCGCCUGGAUGAAAUGCUCUCUAGGAUUGCUAAGGAAACUGAGGAAAUCAAGGACUUGGAGCAACAGCUCACCGAUGGUCAGAUAGCCACAAACGAAGCACUGAAAAGGGAUUUAGAAAGUAUUAUCGUUGGAUUACAGGAAUACCUGGAAAGCGUUAAGUGUCAGGCAAAACGGGCCAAUGAUGAAUGUAAGGAGUUGCAGAAGGAUAAAGAAUCUUUGCUGCAAAGACUGGCAGAUCUCGACGAGGAAAAAAACAACCUGGAAAUAGUUGCCAUGGAUGCAGAAAAUAUGAGAAAAGAAAUUACAAUGCUAGAAGGUGCACUCCAAGAGCAACAAGAAAUAAAUGAAUCGCUCAGAAAUACUCAAGGGGACGUUAGCGCCUAUGAGGCUGAACUGGAAGCCCAACUAAGAGACAGAGAUGCUGAAGCCAACCAGCAUAAAGAAGAAUUGGAAAGACUGAAACAACUUAGCCAGAUGGAACUGUCAGCCCUGCAAGCUGAGCUUGAGAAAGAAAGGCAAGCGUUAGAGAAUGCUCUGACCAAAGCACAACUAGCAGAAGAGAAGGAACAACAAAAUUAUAAGCUCCUUUCCCAGUUCAAACAAUUGCAGGGAGACAAUAAUCUCCUGAAACAACAGCUUAAAAAUCUUCAGAAUCAGCUAAACCAUGCUGUCGGUAACCUAAUUCAUCCUGAAGAAGUCUUAGCUCGUCUGAAUGAACUCAAGCAAAAGCUUCAGACAGGAGCUGGAGAGAUUAAAUGUCAGAAUUCAGCUGAUGUUUUAGGGAAAAGCCUUGCAAAUCUGCAGAAGGAAUUAAAUGACAUCCUUGCUGAUGCUCAGAGGGAAAAAGAGAAAGCGUGGGCUAGACAGAGCCAACUGCAGGAAGAAAUGGUAUCCCAGCAGGAAAAACUGGAAGAAGUACAGCAGAAAUACAGACAGGUUAAAGCUGAAAACAGGCAGAAUAAAAACAAGGUACAUCGGUUAGAGAAUGAAAUCCAAGAUUUACAUGAAAAAAUAAAGAGCAUGGAAGAAAUUCAGGGCCUUGCUGAUCAACAGCUCCAAGAGGCCGAUGAAGAGAAAGAGACUAUUCUUGCUCAGCUGGAAGAUUUAGAGAAAAGGAAAAAAAUAGAAGAUGCGAGAGCACAGAUGCAAUUUGUUGGUCUAGAUAAAGAACUGAAGGAAUUAAAGAGAGCAGUCAUCACUUCAGAUAAACUGGCAGCCACCGAGCUCUCCAUUGCUAAAAAUCAGCUAAAGGCUCUUCAUGGCACUGUGCUUAGAAUCAAUCAGGAGCGAGCUGAGGAGAUAGAGGAAGCCAAAGAGUUCUGUGCUGAGGCAGCUCGCGCAGCCCGGGAUCUUGCCAGAGCAGAAGCAGAAAUAGAAUUGUUACAGCAGCUCCUCAAAGAGCAGGAAGAACAAUUUCAGCAUGAAAUGGAGAAGGCCGAUGAGAAGAUGGUUGCAUCAAGCUCUCAGAAAUUUGAAAUGGAUAAAUUAAAAGAAACUAUGGAGCAACAAAAAGCAGAAAUUGACCGUUUAAGAUGGUUGUUGGGUAACAUCGAGACAGGUAGCAAAGAUGAAAUCGACAACUUACAAGACGAAAUUGCUGCACUGAAAAACGUGCUUUCAUACCAGAACGAUUACAUCACCAGUAUAGCGGAUCCGCUGAAAAGAAGGGGAUACUGGUAUUACGUGCCAGCAUCACAGGCUUCAACUCCUGCUUCCUGCAGCACAAAAGAUUCUGGUGUUUGUUUGCUGUGUUCUGGCCCAUCCCCACCCAGAAGAGGGUGUGGGCAGGGCAGGCAGGAAGACUCGCCCAGCCAAGGAGGAUGCUGGGUUUAUUCACCAGUCAGAAAUAGGUUGUACAGAACGAAUUCUGGUAAAGAUGGAAGAGUGAAAGAAGACGGUGAAGGCAAUGAAGAAACUCAUGUUCCCGAAGACCCUCCCUUUGUGCCGCCAGCUGGCACAGUGAUUUACACCGUCAUUCACGACGCCGUUGCUCCCGGAUCAGUUAUCUACGGCCCCCCUCCCGCCGGAGCCCCGGUGGUGUACGGCCCGCUGCCGCCAAACUUCACCGUCCCGCUCAUUCCCACGGGAGUGCUUCACUGCAACGUGCCCGAGCAUCACGGCUUGGAGAGCGAGGUCUCAAGGCUAGAAGAUACCGUGUAUUAUUUAAAGUCUCGGAAAUACAAAGAUAAAUUGUCAGAGGCGGCUGAGCAUAAAUGCAAAAAAGAGGUGGAAAAAUUGCAUCAGAACGUUGAAGAACUUCUGCAUGAGAGAGAAGAGUUAGAACGUGAAGUGGCAGAGCUCCGACAAGCAGCUCAAAAACGUAACAAACGCAAGGACUUUAUUGAAGGCUACACUGACAACCUCAUUGCAGAACUGCAGUUAGAAAAGUCUCUUAAACAUCAUGAAGAUAUUGCAGAUGAAAUUGAGUGUCUGGAGAAGACUCUUCUGAAACGACGAGCGGAGCUCAGAGAGGCAGACAGGCUGCUGUCAGAAGCUGAAGUGGAACUUGAGACCACACGGGGGAAAGCUAAAGACACUGUUCAGAAGUACAAUCACGCCAAACAGCAUUUGUCCUGUACUGAAAGUGAGGCGAAGGAGCUCGAGCGAAGGGCUCAGGAUGUGGCCACUAAACUUGUGAAAGCAAAUCAGCAAUUAAGGUUAUUGCAGGAGGAUACAAGGGAUUUGGAACAGCGUAAGAGGGAACAAGAAGGUGUUUUGAAGGAAAUCAACAAAAUGGUGGCUGCAAGAAACUCUGAGUUCCAGUCGUUAAACCAGAAGAUAGAAAUGCUAACUGAAAGUCUUCAGAAGCUUCAAGGCGAUAUUCAGGUUGCAGAAGGUAAUGAAGAACAUCACCUCGAAAUCCUUAGAGAAGCUGAAAGCCUUCUUCAGGGCAAGAAAACUGAACUGGAAAGACUGAAAGAUCAGAUUACUGCUCAGCACCAAGAGCUCUCUUGUCUGGAGCAACAGUCACAUCAAAGAAAGGAAGAGCUCCGUGUCCUUCAGGACUGUAUUUCUCAAAAGAAAAGUGUCCUCAAAGAAGCUCUUCGAGAUGGAGAGACUGAAGCAAAUGAAAAACUACGCCAAAUAAGAGAAAUAGAACUACUUCUGGAAGAGCUUAAUGUUGAGAGGAAAGACCUGGAUGUCCAGAUUAAUGAGAAAAGAGCACAGCUUUCCUUCAUAAAGAAGGAUAUUGGAAAAGAGGAAGAAAAUCUUCAAGGAAUACUUGGGCAAAUUGCCAGGCAUAAGAUAGAAAUGAAACAUGUUCUGGAAAUGCUGGAGCUUGAAAAUAAUGAACUUCAAGGUUUGAAACUACAACAUGACCAAAAGGUCAAUGAGCUAGAAAAGACUCAGGUUGCUAUUCUAGAAGAGAAGUUAAAACUGGAGAAUAUUCAGAGAUUAUUUCAGUGUCAGCAAGGGGAAGUAGAUUGGCAGGAACAGCUACUCAAGAAAGACCGACAGGAAAACGAACAUCUGGUUUCUCAAAUGCGCACUCUGCAAAAUAAUAUUGAGUCUUUGAGUAAAGAAAAGGAAAAGCUUGAAGAAGAUUGUCAGAGUCUGGAAAAGAAGUUGUCACAAACUAGAAGAGACUUAACUGCUACUGAAGACAGCAGCAGAACUGCAUUGUCCAAUGUAGAAAAAAUGGAGUUGGAUGUUAAAAACCUGCAGCAGGAGGUAGAUCAGCUGAACAAACAAAAAAAAUCACUGAACAGAGACAUUAUUGUUGUACAGAAGGAUCUUCAAGAAAAAAAGGAAGAACUAGAAAUGCUGAAAGGAGAAUUAAAUGACUCUAGGCAGCAGCUUCAACUGGUCGAACAGGAUUUGAAAAAGACCGCGAGGCAUCACGAUGAGUUGCUUAGAGAGCGGGCAACCCUGAAAGAAGACAUCCAGGAAUUUUUAAGGAAACGUAAGGAUUGCCAAGAGAGACAGAAAAAGAGGGAGAACCAAUUGCAGCAGCUCCAGAAAGAGAUUGAAGAGAAGGAAACAGAAUUGGCCAAAGGGGAAGCGAUUCUUCAUCGUCUCAAGGAAAAUUCAGAGCAUGAAGGAAAAAAACUGGAAGAAUGUACUGCUAAAGUGAAAGAGCAGAAACUCCUCCUGGAAAAGGAACUCACAGAUCAACAAAAGAAACUGGAGCAGGCAACAGCGAAAGUACGGCUGGCGGAAGAAAACCUCAGGAAGCUGGAAAAGGAGGAAUCCCGAUGUGCAGCUCUUGAAGAAACAGUCAGAAAAACCAAACAUCAGCUCUCAGAAAAAGAAUUACAAUUACAACAGAAAAACAGAGAAAUACAGUCUCUUCAAAAUGAACUGGAAAUCUCCAAGUCUGAGCUAACUCAUCUCCAAGAUCAGAUAGCAUCCGAGAGGAGAAAAGCAAAACACCAAAUCUCGAGACUGAAAGAAGCUAUGAAAAUACAAAGGAUGCAGCUUGAAAGAAAUUUAUUGGAGGAGGAACAAAGCAAUGCAGUUAAAGCUCAAGAAGACCUGGAAAAGAGACAAAGGGAAAUGGAGAAUGCAGCAAGGCUCCUUAAACUGGAGGUUGAAGAUGAAAUUAGGAUGGGAUUUAAAUCUUCAAGCCCUAGAAGUUCUCUGGAACUGCUGGAAGAUUCGGAAAUGCCUUCUGAAGUAAAGGGAGGUCUGCAGGCUGAAUCCAGUAACUUGGAGGAGACUGAUCCAUUGUCUGCUGCUGACAAAAGCCUCUUUUCACUGGAAGGAAAGCUGAAUUUUUCUAAAGUCUUCUUAAUGGAUGAACAGUGGCGUGGAGAGGCUCUCCGAGAAAAGCUGCAGCAUCACGAAGAUCGGCUCAAGGCUCAGCUCCGGCAGUGCAUAUCCAAGCAAGCCGAGGUGCUCAUCAGAGGCAAACAGCAAACGGAAGGAACCCUGCACAGCCUGAAGCGCCAGGUGGAUGCGCUGGAUGACCUCGUCAGCAGCGCUUCUUCACAGUCGCUCUUUUUAGCCCAAAGCUCGAGUCUGCCGUCUGUUCAUGAUGCUCUGAAUUUAACAAGAGCACAGGCCACUCUGACAGGGCUCACUCAGGUUCCCAGCAGGCCGGCAGGUGUUGCAGCGGUGUCGCAGUCGCUUUGUUCUGGCUCAGGAGGAAUUUCCCAGUAA